AUUUAUUAUUAUUAUUAGUUAUUAUUUAACCUCUUAACUAAUUUUACUUGGCCUGAGAGCGAUAACAAAAAUAUUAAUUCGCUAGAUAGUCCCUUUAAGAUGUCUAUGUUGUGCCCGCGUUGCGUAAAGGCUAGUUUAUUUCAAAUUGUCCACCGAAAGUUUUCCGCCGCGAGCGCGAAUUAUUCACAAGAAAAACGUCGCGUAGUUGUUACCGGACUCGGAGUAGUUUCGCCGGUCGGGUGCAGUGUACCGAGAGCGUGGAAAAAUGUCCUCUCCGGAGUGUCCGCUAUCGGAAAGCUAACAGAUGUUGCUUACGAAAAACUGCCCUGCCGGGUAGCGGCCCAAAUCAACCGGGACGAGCUCGACGUAGAGAAUCAUUUUGGCAAAAGCGAGCUGAAAACGAUGGCACGGGCAACGGCAUUUGCGUUGAUAGCGGCCAAAGAAGCACUUGGGAUGGCUCAGUGGACGCCCCCGGAAGAGGAUAUUGAGGCAUGCCAGCGAACGGGUGUUGCCAUAGGAAUGGGUAUGGUAGAUCUGAUGGAUGUGUGUGAAACAAAUGAAGCACUGAAAAGAGGCUACAAUCGGGUGAGCCCGUUUUUCGUUCCCAGAAUUCUCCCAAAUAUGCCAGCCGGGCAAUUGAGUAUCAAAUAUGGAUUCCGAGGUCCGAAUCAUUCUGUUUCAACCGCGUGUGCAACGGGAGCACAUUCCAUAGGAGAUGCAUUUAGGUUCGUUCAACGAGGAGAUGCCGAUGUUAUGGUUUGUGGCGGGGCGGAAGCGUGCAUCAGUCCUCUGGGAAUCGCUGGAUUUUGCAGAUUACGAGCGUUGAGUACAUCAUUCAAUGAAGAUCCUGAGAGAGCCUCACGACCGUUUGACGAUGCUCGCGAUGGUUUCGUGAUGGGAGAAGGCUCGGCGACAUUUGUUCUGGAAGAACUGAACCACGCCAAAGCUAGGAAAGCCAAAAUCAUAGGUGAGGUGCUGGGCUAUGGUCUUUCGGGAGACGCUUCCCAUUUGACGGCUCCUCGGGAAGAUGGCACCGGUGCCAUGUUGGCCAUGGAAAGAGCAUUGAAGGAUGCUUCUAUUAGCCCGUCUGACGUAGGAUACAUCAAUGCUCAUGCGACAUCGACGCCCAUCGGGGAUGCGAUCGAAGCAAGAUCCAUCAGAACUCUGUUUAAGAAUAACUGGAAACAAUUAGGUGUGUCUUCUACGAAGGGAGCUCACGGUCAUCUACUUGGUGCCGCUGGCAAUUUAGAAGGUCUGUUCACAAUUCUUGCGUGUCGCGACGGUAAAAUGCCUCCCACAAUCAAUUUGGAGAAUAUUUCGACAGAGAUGCAAGGAAUGAAUUUCGUCGCAAACGAUGCUCAAGAUUGGUUACCUGUGGACGGCAAAAGGCGAGUUGCUUUAAAAAAUUCGUUUGGAUUCGGCGGAACGAAUGCUUCGCUGUGUUUUGCGGAGUAUAGAGAAUGAAAAUGCAAUUUUCAGUAAAUUUUGUUAUCUAGUGAAAGUGUA